CGGUGUCUCCGCAAAGGGAGUGCUGCUCAGUCCAUUCAGGCUGUUUACCAGCUCAGAGUCAGACCCCAAAACAACAGCGAGACUGCAGUGUGUUUGGAGAGCAGUGUGGCUCGAUUCACCACAGGCUUUUCCAUUAAAACAGAGCGGUUUUAAGUCGUCAUGAAUAAUAAUUGUUCCUGUUGUUAAUAACAUCGACGAAUAAAAAUGUUUCGACUGCUUUACUUUGUGCCCCUGCUGAGCUCUGGUUUGGUGAGCUGCUUGUCUGUUGUUGAAGAGUGUGUAACAUCUAAUGGCGAGAGCUACAGGGGAAUGCAACAGAAGACAUCCACAGGGAACAUUUGCCUCAACUGGAACAGUCUAAAACUUAAGUUUAAAGACUCACAGACGGAUGUUGGAGAUCACAAUUUCUGUCGUAACCCAGAUGGUUCAGAGAAGCCCUGGUGCUAUGUCUCCGGGUCCAAUGGAGAAACCAGAAAAGAAGCAUGUGAUAUUAAGAUAUGCCAAGACCAAAACUCCACAGAAGCCACAACUCCAGAAGAGUCUGUCCCCACUCAGGGACUCACCCCAAGGAUGGUGGAGACCUUUGAAUCCAAAAAAUCCUUCCCCUCGCAGGUGGAGGGUGCAGCGGUGCAGCCCGUGAAGGGAGUGCUCCAGCAGGCCAGGAGUGGACCUAAGAAGAAGAAAGACCUUGGGACUCUUGGUUAUGUUCUCGCCGUCUUCAUGAUGGCCAUUAUCAUCCUACUUGGAGGUGGCAUCACCAUGGGAUACUUCUACAAACGGGGUCGUGACCUCAAGAAACAGCACGAGCAGCGAGUUUAUGAGCGCGAGAUGCAUCGCAUCACUCUUCCUCUCUCUGCCUUCGCCAAUCCCACCUGCGAGCUGGUGGACGAGAACACCAUCGUCAUCACGGCUGAACCGAACAACCAGACCCCCACUCAGGAGCCCAUAGAGGGGGCUGACCCUCUCAUGGGGACAGCGGGGACCCCUGGAGCCUGAUGGAAGAACAGGAUGAGCGCCUGGACAGGCGUCUUAAGAUGUAUAUGCAGCACCGAGGAAUCUCAAAGGACUAAACUCCAACUCCCUCUUGCUUGUCUGUUUUCUCUUUACCUUGCCUUUACAGCACGGUUUCAUGGUAAAGGUAGGGCAUGUGCCCUGAGAGAGCGUGGGAAGAUUGUUUUGGAGCCCAAACCUUGUCCUUGUUUCCUCAGCGAAGCUGUUGGGGAAAGUAGGACAUGUGGGGAUACACUGGAAAAGAUGAAAUGGUGGUUUUGUAUUAAAUAGGCAUGUCAGGGAUUCAUGUGGAGAAAAAAUGCUAGUACAUUUUGUGCAGAUCAUCACAGAGCAUGAAUACUCCCUGCUUGUUAAACUCCAAUGAGAGGGCGACAGUCCCGUUAACUGCUCCGUGUCCUUUUUAAGAAGUGUCGAUGGAUCAGAUCAUCUGACGUUCUGGUGUUUUGAAAGAGAAGACAGUCCAUUCUUAUCUUCUUUCCUGCCUUUUUCUUUGUUUUUGUUCAUAAUGCAGUUGUGGUGGAGUUGAAACUGAAAUUGUAAAUGUGUAACAAUCUGUUGCUCUACAGCUGGGCUGUUCACUCUAUAGGGAGCUUUGGUUAGCAGCUAGAGCUAAUUGAGUUAAUUGCCUUUGAUAGCUUUUCCCGAUAAUCCAUAUUCAUUAGGCAGAUCAUGUGGCCUGGAACGCUGGAGCUAAGCUAGGUAAUGGUUUUCACUAAAUGAAGAGGAAAGCUUUCCAGAGAUCUUGCCCUAGUAAAUUACAUUUGAAUGUAUUAUUGCUUCUGUGGCCACAAUCUGAUAAAGAGCUAGUCAUGCCUUCAGAGACCAUGAAUCAGAUCCAUUCUUAUUAGUUUGCUGGUUGUUUUUCAUAUCAAUGUUCAGUUGUUCCUGACCAGAUGGGCUGAAAUAAGACAGUGGACUUUAUAAAGCAUGAACUGCUGAGGAAUAGAUUGACUAGUUGGAUGCCAUUACAUUAAGGCAAUAGAAUUCAGAGACUGAAAGAGAGUGCAAGAUGAUGUAUUAAAAUAAUAAGGUUUCAUUUUAAAGAGAUUCCAGUUUAUGAAAUGGGAUUAUGAACUUUUUUUAACGUAUGCAUUUGUUUUCCUAUGGGUUAUUGAACUGUACAACUGUUUAAAGUUCCAUAAAAAUUGUAUUUUUAUUUUUGGCAGUUUUUUACUGCUGUAAAAUAAAAUCAUUUUGAAAUUA